CCGAUCAUGAGGAAAGAGAGUGUGGACGUCGUCAAGCCAGGCAGUAGCGAAGCGUCAGGGUCGCUAACUCCAGCAACCCAAAGCUUUACUGCAACCGAAAGCCAAAACACCUAAUCACAAACCAAACACACCACCAUGGCCCACUUUUCUGACAGUGAGCGCCCAAACAAAAGAGCGCGUCUGAGCGAGUCAACAGCAAGUACAGAGUCACCACCAAAAGACAACCUCAGUUGGGAUUGGCCUGCCGACCUUGCUCCAUCAACCAUUGAAACCAUCGAAACCAUCAGCCCUCCCCCACUCAAGCGCAGCAAUGGCAAAGAGAAGCAACACUCAGAACCCCAAAUCAUCGCUCAACCUUCGCCCUUCCAACUCACCGAAAUCCGCGACCUUCCAGCUUCUGCAAAUGUCGACACGGUCACACUUUCGGAUAUACUCGGCGAUCCCAUGAUCAAAGAGAAUUGGCAGUUCAACUUUUUGAUUGACAUUGACUUUGUCAUGAGCCAUCUCGAUGAAGAUGUGAGAGAUACAGUGGUUACGAAAAUCAUUCAUGGCUUCCACGACAAGAACAGUCUGUCUCGCAUCAAUCUCGAGGCUGCAGCUAAAAAGUAUCCGAAUGUUCAGACGUUGCAUACGUGGAUACCUGCUUACGGAACGCAUCACUCCAAGAUGAUGGUCUUGAUCAGACAUGAUGAUACUGCACAAGUUGUCAUUCAUACAGCCAACAUGAUCUCUCAGGACUGGACGAAUUUGAGUCAAGCUGUUUGGCGGUCGCCGCUAUUACCAAUGUCUACUACAGGCGAUGAGGCUUUGGAUGCCCCUGUAGGCUCUGGCGCUCGGUUCAAGCAGGAGUUGCUUAACUACCUGGAGGCUUACAAGGACAAGUACAGAGAUAACACACGUCCUCUGAUCAACCAGCUCAAGAAAUACGACUUCUCUCCUGUCAAGGCUGCCCUUGUUGCGAGUGUUCCAGGUAAGCAGCAGGUCGGCACUAACACCAUCGCAACUAGCCAAAGUCUUUGGGGCUGGCCUGGUCUGGAACGAGUCCUUAAAACAGUUUCGACAACUUCAUCAGACCGUAAAGCGCAGAUCAACGUCCAGAUCUCAUCUGUGGGCACUGCACCUGAGAAGUGGUUAGAAGGCUUCUUCGACGUGCUAGGAACAACCACUACUGGACAGCAGGCAAGGAACAAGAAGCCAACAAUUCGGGUCAUUUUCCCAACAGCCGAUGAGAUCAGGCGCUCAUUGGACGGUUACCAAUCCGGGAACUCGAUCCACAUGAAGUUAGACUCGCAGAUGCAAAAACAGCAGUUAAAGUACAUGAAGCCCCUUCUAUGCAAGUGGGCGGGCGACUUGGACGGCAAUUUGGACGACGUUCGUCAAGCAGGUCGCCGCCGUGCUGCACCUCACAUCAAGACAUUCAUCAGGUUUUCCGACGACAGCUGCAAAAACAUCGACUGGACACUCGUGACGUCAGCAAACCUGUCAAAACAGGCAUGGGGAGAGAUGGCAAACAAGCAAGGAGAUGUCAAUAUCAAGAGUUUCGAAAUUGGCGUCAUUGUCUGCCCACAGUGGCUCGCCCCUGGAGGAGAAAAGGCUGCCAUGGUGCCAGUCUUUAAGAGGGACGAAGCAGAGGCAGACGUUGCGGAAGGAGUCGACAGAGUUGUUGGGGUGAGGAUGCCGUAUGAUCUGCCGCUUACCCCCUACAGCAAAGACGAGGAGCCGUGGUGCGCAGAAAGGUCGCAUGCUGAGCCUGACUGGAAGGGCAUUGUGUGGGAGACGUACAAUCCUAGAGCUUGAUGUGGUGACUGGUUGGACGACGUCCGCUUUGAACGAAAGAUGGCUCUGUAGCUCGACGAAUGUGCUCGAAACGGCAUGACUGUUGUGGUCAAGGAACAGAAACACGGAAGAAACGAGCGAAACGAGCGAAACAAAAGGUCUCGUGUUAUGCAGAUUAUGAUAUGAUAUUGCUUCUCUUUGUUC